CUGCUGGAUGUACGAACAAGUGAUCCCAUGAAUUCCACGGUUGUUGGAUCGUUGGAUACGGGUUUGGGCUGGUGAAAGAAGAAGCUGGGUGUGUAAUUUCUUCGCCGUAUUAUCGAAGAUUGGAUUGUGCGAGGAAGAGGAAGGGAGGAAAGGAGGGGAAGGAAGUCGAGAAAGGAAGAUUUGGCAGAGGCGAGGAGGAGGAUCGGUUGGAUCAGAAGGUGAACAGAGGCGCCCACGUCUCAACUUUGGAAACAGAAAUGAGUUGAGAAUCGACUACGAUGUUGAGUCGUCUUUCGGCCUUGGUGGCCUCCAUUUUGGUUCACCAGCUACACGUUUUGUGUGCCGCCACCUCAUUAGGUGCUAAGCCGUUUCCUGGACUGGAAAACCUGCCUAGGUCGUUCUGGCAUGAGCUCAGUUCGCCUUUUACCGAGGUAUACGAGGUGGAAAGUUUCGCAACAGAAACGGGCGGCACUCCAGAACCGAGGCCCUUUUUCGAAGAUCCAGAGAGCAACAUUACCGUGCAACUCGGUGCUCAAGUAUACAUGCACUGUAGAGUACAAAACUUGCAGGAUACGCUCAAGGUGUCCUGGGUGCGCAGACGUGGCGACGAGCUCCACUUGCUCACGAUCGGCCUCGACACGUACGCGAGCGACUCGAGGUUCUCGCUCGCCUUGGAGAAGCCGAAUGAUUGGCGGCUGCUUUUAAGUUCGGCGACCGAACGAGAUGGCGGCGUGUACGAGUGUCAAGUCAGUGCUCAUCCUCCAUUAAUCAGAACUGUCCAUCUGACGGUGUCAGUGCCGAAGGUGGAGAUCGUGGACGAGCACGGGGCAACGGCUGGUGACAAAUUUUACAAAGCUGGGAGCACGAUAGAAUUGAAGUGUGUGGUCAGCAAUAUACCGCAACCUACCGGAUACGUUACGUGGCGCCAUGGAUCCCGAACGUUGAAUUACGAUACUACUCGUGGAGGAAUCAGCGUGAAGACGGACAUGGGCGCCAGUGGCGCGAUAUCCAGGCUCUACAUUGCAAACGCGAAUAAAAAAGACAGCGGGAAUUACAGUUGCGCAUUGGCGGAUGUGGCGGCCGCCACCACGGUUUCCGUCCACGUAUUAAAUGGCGAGAAUCCAGCAGCCAUGCAACACGGUGGUUCAACAAAAGUGAGAGCGACAUCUCUCGCCCUCGUCGUCAUUUCGUUGCUGUUCUCGUCACUCUUGAGGUGACCGUGAUGUCUCGAUCAUCGUGCGGGCCUGCAGUUCGAAUGGUGCUAACUCCUUUCUUCCUCGUGGCGAAUUAAACGCGAGGGGAUGUCGAGGGAAUCGAAACGAUCCUCUCUCCUCGGGACGUCUCUUCGAAUAUCUCGCGUGGCGAGCUUCCCAAAGGAACGUGUGCAUGUUCAUAUACGCAGUUGUAUAUCGUGCAGGACGAAUUGUAUCAAGAGACAAUUUUUUUUACCGCGUUACGGGAGAAGAAGCAGUAACGAAAUCAGCAACAAAAAUUUCUCGAUCGUAUACGUACAUAUAUAUAUAUAUAAAAUAAACCGCGAAGCAAAGAGACACUUUUGUGAGACUGGAAUCACUGUUUUUUUUACGAAAGAUCUACUACUCUUGUUUCGUUCCUACUCCUCCCCCUCUCUUUUUUUUAAACUACGUAAAAUGGAAACGUGAAACUUCCCCCCCCCCCACCCCAAAGACAACGAAGUUUCGCCCCUUUGUCGAGAACAUUCCUGUUUACCAACGCUCAAGGUUUGCCAAUUUCGUGCGCAACAUUCCACGCGAAUAUUUUCGAGCGAUCCGAGAGCGAUAUCGAGAGAAAGAAAACCGAUUUUUCUUCGGUCGAUUCGUAAAAGUCUGACCCUUAUUACGCGCGCUUGUUCGAUAAAAUUUCGAACGAAUA